AUGUUCACACCCCCUCCAACCUUCGGCAAAAGUCAUCAAGGCGAUGAUUUGCCUCUCCCGAUCUCAUUUCAUCAUCUGCUACCAGCUGCUGCCGCCAUGCAGCAAGCACCGAUGUUUACACCCAUUCCAACCUUCAGCCAAAGUCAUCAAGGCAAUGAUUCGCCUUCCCCAAUCUCACUUAAUCAUUCACUACUAGGUGCUGCCGCCAUGCAGCAAGCACCAAUGUUCACGCCCCUUCCAACCUUCAAUGAAAACCAUCAUUGGCCUCCAUCAGCCCCAUCUGAUCACAUGCCUUCGACAACCAUCGACUAUUACAAUGGAACUUUGCUUCCACCGUUCAUAGUCCUGUCUCAGAAUCCCAUCUAUUUGAAUGAUUUGGCAUCGCUGCCAUCAGUACUUGCCAAUUAUCGGUGCAAUUUUCCUCCUCCACUCCUAUCUAUGGACGGUGUUACUAUGCUACCACCAGCAGCACCAAAUUAUAUACGACCACAACCCUUCACAUCAGUGCCUUCUAGCACAACGCCUUCUCAUCUGACCCCUACUCAGCCUACGCAGCCACAGAUUGACCUUCCGCCUCUGGAUUACCAAUCUAAUCUUCCAAUACACAAUGCCUUCAUUCUUGCCAUGGAGAAGGAACUUAUCAGAGACGCUGUCAACAAUUGUACCAUGAUAAAGCCCUCAUUAAGAGAGGGCUUGGUUCAAGCCGCAUUAGCAAAUGCAGUACAAGACUGCUUGAAAAAGACUCAAUCUGACCUGGCUGGGUUGGCAAACAAAGAAAUUGAAGAAUUUGGUCAACGUUGGGCAGCAAAAAAUGUGGGAUUAUUGUACAUGGAUCUCUCUGUACUGUUUAGACUUUUGAUGGCAGCCUGUAAAGAGCUGGCAUUCGGUGUUGUUGAUUGA